CCGCCUCUGUUUCCCUGCCCCGGGGAGCAAUGACAUCACGCGGCCUUCUCCAGGCGCCGACACAAAGAGCGGGGCGGAGAGGCCGCUGCGGGGGGAGCCGGCGGCCGCUGCUGCCGCCCAGGGCUCUGGGGCCCCGCCGGCCAGGCCCGCCGUCCGCGGCCAGUGCCCUUCCUCCUCCUCCUCCUCCUCUGCCGCCGCCUCCUCAGUCGCCGCCGCCCGCGCCGCCCGCGCCCUCCGCGCGCCUCUGAGCCCGCGCCGGGCCGCGCCGGCCCCUUCCCAUGCGGGCGGCGCGGGCCCUGGGAGGGGCGCCCGGAGCCAGCCGCGCAGCAUGCACUGGGGGGUUGGCUUUGCUUCGUCCAGGCCGUGCGUGGUGGAUCUGAGCUGGAACCAGAGCAUCUCCUUCUUCGGCUGGUGGGCCGGGUCCGAGGAGCCCUUCUCCUUUUAUGGGGACAUCAUCGCUUUCCCUUUGCAGGAUUACGGUGGGAUCAUGGCAGGGCUGGGCUCCGAUCCCUGGUGGAAGAAAACCCUUUACUUGACCGGGGGAGCUUUGCUGGCCGCAGCUGCGUAUCUGCUCCACGAACUCCUGGUCAUUAGGAAACAGCAAGAGAUUGACUCUAAAGAUGCUAUUAUUUUGCAUCAGUUUGCAAGACCUAACAAUGGUGUUCCCAGUUUAUCUCCUUUCUGUUUAAAGAUGGAAACUUAUUUAAGGAUGGCUGACUUACCGUAUCAGAACUAUUUUGGUGGAAAACUCUCUGCUCAAGGGAAAAUGCCUUGGAUUGAAUAUAAUCAUGAAAAAGUUUCUGGCACAGAAUUCAUAAUUGACUUUCUGGAAGAGAAGCUUGGAGUGAAUUUAAACAAAAACCUUGGCCCUCAUGAAAGAGCCAUCUCCAGAGCGGUGACCAAGAUGGUGGAGGAGCACUUCUACUGGACGUUAGCUUAUUGCCAGUGGGUGGACAAUCUCAAUGAGACCCGGAAGAUGCUCUCUCUUAGUGGUGGUGGUCCCUUCAGCAACCUGCUGAGGUGGGUCGUGUGCCACAUAACGAAAGGAAUUGUGAAACGCGAGAUGCACGGCCACGGCAUUGGCCGCUUCUCCGAGGAAGAGAUUUACAUGCUGAUGGAGAAGGACAUGCGGUCUUUAGCAGGGCUUUUGGGUGAUAAGAAGUACAUCAUGGGGCCCAAGCUUUCCACUCUUGACGCCACUGUCUUUGGACACUUGGCACAGGCAAUGUGGACCUUACCAGGGACAAGACCCGAACGGCUGAUCAAAGGUGAGCUGAUCAACCUUGCCAUGUACUGUGAGAGGAUAAGGAGGAAAUUUUGGCCAGAGUGGCACCACGAUGAUGACAAUACCAUCUAUGAGUCUGAGGAGAGCAGCGAAGGCAGCAAAACCCACACCCCGCUGCUGGAUUUUAGCUUUUACUCAAGGACAGAGACCUUUGAAGAUGAGGGAGCAGAAAACAGUUUUUCCAGAACCCCAGACACAGAUUUUACUGGACACUCACUCUUUGAUUCGGAUGUGGACAUGGAUGACUAUACAGACCACGAACAGUGCAAGUGACGUCCAGCCUCACUGACCCUCUUCCUUGGGACCUGCCACUCCCUGGGUCGGUCCAUUUUCCCAGGUAGCAAUCCAUCCGAGCUGGGAGGAGAUCUUCGUGCUUGGCACAGUUUUCACAUGCUAACUGGACUAUAGCAGCCUUAUUUCUUUUUUGUACAAACAAAACACAGAACCAUUCAGAUGACUCCAUUGAAAACAAAUAGGCAAAAAAUAAUGUCAGCAUGGUUCCUGAAAUCCAUUUUUGUUUUCAUUAGAAAACUAUUAAUAAUAUUGUGUGGUAGAGCAGGUGUAAGAGCUGGUUGUCAGCUGAUAGUUUUUAUGAUGAUCCUCUUCAACCUUGAGGUCUUAAUUGUGAGAUGGAUUCUUGAACCUCCUUCCUCCACCAGGAUUUGAAGUAAUGAGAGAUAUCAUCAGAAAAAUGUUUUACGGUGGCUGCUUGUACUUUAUGUGUGUAUAUUGUAUGUUGAGACAUAAGUCAAAUAAAAUCCACAGAUAUUAAACGAA